AAUGCUGCGCUUGCCACUCUUUUUCCAUUACCGUUUUGACUCCAAGUUUGACUUUCAAUGGCGGGCGUGAAACGAAAGGCAGAAAUAGAGAUUCCGAUUGCGGAUGACAAUGACCUGCUGAAGAUUACUCCUCUUGGAGCUGGAAACGAGGUUGGACGAUCGUCUAUUCUUCUCGAAUACAAAGGCAAAACCAUUUUGCUUGAUGCUGGUAUUCAUCCUGCCUACAACGGCUUGGCUUCUUUGCCGUUCUUUGACGAGAUCGAUCCGGCAAGCAUUGAUCUCUUAUUGGUGACACAUUUCCACGUUGAUCAUGCAGCAUCGGUUCCUUACUUGAUGGAGAGAACUUCCUUUAAAGGACGUGUAUUUAUGACCCAUCCGACAAAAGCUAUUUACAAAUGGUUAUUAAGCGAUUACUUGCGUGUGAGUAACAUCGGAGACGAAGAUCAACUCUACACUGAAGAAGAUUUGAUCAAUUCAUUUCACCGUAUCGAAGCUGUGGAUUAUCAUCAACAAGUGGAAGUAGAAGGCAUAAAGUUUACGGGCUACAACGCGGGCCAUGUGCUGGGAGCUGCCAUGUUCUUGAUCGAGAUUGCAGGCGUUAAAGUACUAUAUACUGGUGAUUAUUCACGAGAAGAAGAUCGACAUUUAAUGGCGGCCGAGAAACCCGAAGGCACCGUAGACGUUCUGAUUACUGAAAGUACUUAUGGUGUGCAAAGCCAUGAACCUCGCUUGGCCAAGGAAAUACGAUUUACUUCAUUGGUUCAUGAUAUUGUUGGACGCGGUGGACGAUGCUUAAUGCCUGUAUUUGCUUUGGGUCGUGCCCAGGAACUGUUGCUUAUUCUGGAUGAGUACUGGGAAGCACAUCCCGAACUUGACAGCAUCCCCAUUUACUACGCUUCCAGUUUGGCGAAAAAAUGUAUGGCCGUCUAUCAGACCUAUAUCAACAUGAUGAACGCCAGAAUUCGCAAACAGUUUACGAUUUCCAACCCGUUCGUGUUCAAGCACAUCAGUAAUUUAAAAAAUGUGGAGCAGUUUGAGGACUCGGGACCUUGUGUGAUGAUGGCCAGUCCUGGUAUGCUGCAGAAUGGUUUAUCUCGUGAAUUAUUCGAACGAUGGGCUCCCGAUAAGAAGAAUGGAUUAGUAAUCACAGGUUAUUGUGUGGAGAAUACCUUGGCACGGCAAGCAAUGAACGAGCCUUCCGAUUUCACAGCCAUGGAUGGACGUCGUGUGCCUUUACGCAUGUCGGUCGAUUACAUUUCCUUUUCGGCCCAUGUGGACUUUACACAGAACAGCAAAUUCAUAGAUGAUGUCAAAGCGCCUCAUGUGAUCUUGGUUCACGGUGAAGCCAACGCAAUGUACCGAUUGAAAUCAGCACUGCAGAGCAAAUACUCUGAACGAGAAGAGAAUGUAAAAAUUUAUACACCAAAGAAUUGCGAUACUGUUAAACUGCUUUUCCGAGGUGAAAAAAUGGCCAAGACUAUUGGAAGGCUAGCCGAAAAAUAUCCUACCGAGAAUCAACCACUGAAUGGUGUCAUCGUCUCUAAAGACUUCCAACUGAAUAUCAUGUCACCCGAAGAUUUAAAUGAGCUGGCUGGACUUAUCACUACGGUCGUUACGCAGAGACAGGUCGUACCUUUUAAUGCCGGUGUGGGUCUGUUAAAGUGGCAUUUGGAAAUGAUGUUUGGUCCUAUCCACGAGUCUGAUCUGAGCAAAGCCGACGGUAACGAUAACCAAGAUGCUACAGUGAUGCGCGUCUUCGAUACUGUGGAUAUCAAAAAAUUCAAUAAUCGACCGAAUCAAGUCGUCCUGGAAUGGAUUGGCAACGCGAUGAACGACAUGGUCGCAGAUUCCGUCUUGGCAGUUAUAUUAUCCAUUGACAGCUCUCCAGCAAGCGUUAAAGCUAGCAGCCGGCCCUGUACGCAUACUCAUGCUGGAGAUAACCAAGAGCUACAGCAUUCGAGUAUUGAAGAACAAAAUGAUCGCGAAUUUGAAGACGUUGUAUCUUUCUUGGAAGAACAAUUCGGUGAAGUUACCACCGAUGCCAAAGAAAGAAAGGCGACGGUCACAGUGGAUGGUGAAGAGGCCUAUGUGGAUUGUGUGAAAUUCAACGUUGAAUCUGAUAAUGAGGGGCUACAAAAACGAGUUGCCAACGUCCUGCACCAUGUGAAGAUGGCUAUCAAGCCUAUUUCCGAAAUCUAUGAAUGCUUUGCAUAAUUUUAUUCUGUUCAUAUUUAGCUUCUUUUCUUGCUUAUAUUCUGUUCCUGCUAUCGUAUAAUCAGAACUUACCAAAAAAAAGUAAUAAAACCAACGUGAUUAAAACACCG